AACUAAGUUAGUUUUAUAUUCAAAGAUAUAAACAGUGUAACCGUAACCUGUAACUAACGUUUCCAUGUUUUCAGCACAAAUUACAGAGUAAACCUCUGUGAUCUGUGGUCAACACUAUUGGUUUGUUUUGAUUGAUAAAAGUGAUAUAGUGAUAAACAGCAAAAAUGUCUUAUAUGUUAGCUCAUUUGCACAAUGGAUGGCAAGUCGACCAGGCCAUUUUGUCCGAAGAAGAUCGAGUAGUAGUCAUUCGCUUUGGCCAUGAUUGGGACCCUUCUUGCAUGAAGAUGGACGAAGUGGUCUACAGCAUUGCAGAGAAAGUGAAGAACUUUGCUGUGAUAUAUCUGGUUGAUAUAACUGAGGUUCCAGAUUUUAACAAAAUGUACGAGUUAUAUGACCCCUGCACGGUGAUGUUCUUCUUCAGAAACAAGCACAUUAUGAUUGAUUUGGGAACUGGCAAUAACAACAAAAUUAAUUGGCCCCUUGAGGACAAACAGGAAAUGAUUGAUAUCGUUGAAACUGUUUAUAGGGGAGCGAGAAAAGGCCGAGGACUGGUAGUAUCCCCGAAAGACUACUCAACAAAGUACCGAUAUUGAAUUGUUAAUGUAUUCGUUGCUUGAAUUUUUAAUGUAUUUGUUGCACUUUGAGAUACUUUGGUGAAUCCUUCAUCUUGAUGUAUAUAUGUGAUACUUCGGGCAAAAGAAAGCUACUGAUCAUUUGUAGUCCAAUUUAUUAAGGAAAUUAAAGUACGUACAUUAAUGGA